AGGCAGCAGGAGGAGGCACCAAGGACGUCCUUUUUUUUUUCUCCCCAGCCCCGCGGAGCCGGAGAUGCAAGGGACGAGCAGUUCGACAUAGACCGUGCUGCUGUUACCUGCUGCGGGAUAACUUCGUGCUGCAGCUUGCGAGCUCUCCUCUUUGCUUCUCCGAUCCUUGUUUGGGUUGUGUGUGAGGAGUGUGUGUGUGUAGUGUGGUGUGUGUGAGUGUGUGUGAGAGGAGGAUUUCAGCCGGACGGAGAUCUGGCUACAGAGGACUUCUACUUUUCCGUCACAAGUGAAUGUAACAUCGUUCGGAUAAAGAAGGCAGGGAAUUAAAAGCCAUCAUCAUGAAUUUCGUUAUGAAACAAGCGUUGGGAGGGGCCACCAAAGACAUGGGCAAAAUGCUCGGUGGAGAGGAGGAGAAAGAUCCAGAUGCUCAGAAGAAAGAAGAAGAAAGGCAAGAGGCGCUGAGGCAACAGGAGGAGGAGAGGAAGGCCAAAUAUGCAAAAAUGGAGGCAGAGAGAGAAAACCUCCGACAGGGCAUCAGGGAUAAGUAUGGCAUCAAGAAGAAGGAGGAGAAGGAAGCCGAGGCAGCGGCUGCUAUGGAGCAGGCCUCCGAGGGCAGCCUCACCCGUCCGAAGAAGGCGGUCCCCACUGGAUGCGGCGACGAGGAGGAAGAAGAGAGCAUCGUGGAUACGGUCAUGAAAUUCAUCCCGACCCCGCUCAUGGAUAUGUUCAAUAAAAAGUAACAGUGUUUUGGGUGAAACAUGAUUAACUUCUUACAGCGUUCAUCUAACUCAAGACUAAUGCCGUACCUUUCUUCACCGCCCCCUCCCCCCACACCCCUUCAACUUCUAAGCGUCCUACAAUUGAGCAACGUGCCAUGACUUUGCCGUCGAAUUAAAGUAUCCGAUCUCUGACGGCGAUACGUACUUUUUAGUGUCUCGCGCAGAGCGUCUUUCUUGAUAACCUGUGAGUACAACCCUAUUUUUUAAAAGUAUGUAACGCCGACAUAGAUCGAAUUACUUCAAGGCAAAUCUUAUGCCAUGUUUUCCAAAUGUCGAGCACUUAGAAUAAAACCAGAUAUCACCCAUCAUCCACCCUUUUUGUUUGUAAAUAGCCUCGGGUUAUAAGAAGAAAAAAAAAAGAAGAGAACUAUAUAGGAGUGAAAUGUGACAUAACAAGAUGACUAAGAGUAUAAGCCAUAUUUUUAACGUUUAAGAAAUUAUCCAAAUCAUAUCAAAAUUUGAUUAAAUUUUCCUGUUAUGUUCUUGCUAAUAUUUGAUACAUACAAUGUAUAUAAAUACUUGCAUUUUUAUUAGUUCUCCGUUGUGAGGAUCCACCCCAUGAAAACUGUCCCUCCGUGUUCUCAUUGGUUAAUUGUGAAUGUGUAAUAUGAACACUGGUAGAGUCCAAACAACACGUGUACAAGCAGAAAGUGAAGGAUUCAGUUGGGUUUUUGUUUUUUUUUUCUUUUAAGCAUGCGGUAAACUUUUGUGCAGUGGAUACCAUUUCAUUUGUUACGAUGAAGCGAAACACAUUGAUAUUUGAGGCAAUAACCGGUUUUCCAUUUUUGAUUUGAUUGACGUCUCGCCCAUUAUGUACAUUCGGCGAUAACUGACUUUGUGUCUGAAAUGUUCUUCCAUGGGGAAAGCUGUAAAUGUUCUCCAUACACGAAGUUUGUCUCAAAGCAGUUAAAUGAAAUUCUUACUAUAAAUUCAUGUUUGUGGUUUGAGUUCUUAGGUCCUGCGGGAGGUGUCGAUUACUCUGCUUUUGCAGAAGGACGUUUACAUUUUUAGACCAGGCUAGUUAAUUUUAUUUUCAUCUUUUUUUUUGUUUUUGUAUAAAGAAUAAACUUCACAAACACAACAAUGUUGUGAACACACUAUAUGUGAACAGACAGUGACAAUAGUGCAAUAUAUUGUUCGAAAUGAAGUUGUCCUGUGUCCGUUGGUUUAACUGAUGGGAGUAAAGUCCCGAAUCAGCAAUAACAGACAAUCUUCAUUGUUGUGUGUUUAGACUUAAUGUGUUAGUCGAUGUUAAAGGCACAGACAGUGUCUGCAUAGUGACAGUGACGCCUUUGUAGAUCGGACAUAAUUUGAUUUUUAAAAAAAAAAGAGAAAAGGGGGAAGUUGGGACGAUUUGUUCUGUGUUGUAAAAAACAAAAAUGUUCAGUCAUAUGUUACGGGAUGACGAGCGCAAUGAGAAUUUAUGUUUCGAUAUCACAAACCUAAAGGCAAAUUAAAGGCAGACAUCAACAAUACAUGAGGGACUCUUUAGAAAAGCUGAUGACCAUACGACAGAGUAUAUUUACCUGCUCUGUACAGUCCAGUCUGUCCUGCUGGUAAAUGUAAUGGCACAAAUUUAAAAAGGGAUGAAAUCAAAUGUUCUCCAUAUGCCUUUUUUAUUUUUUUUAUUAUUUCUCCGUCAUAGUCUCCAUAGUGUCUUGUUAAAACAUUCCAGAUAUUUCAGACAUUCCACCAGACGUGUGCUGGUAACAUUCAGACUUAUGUAUCUACAGUAGACCACAGUCGAUGCCUUUAUUAGUCUACAAGUACAUCACAGUGAAAGCUUAAAUUUGAUGUUGUUAUAACCCGAAAAAUAGAAAUAGACAAACAAAACGAAUAUAUAUAUAUAUAAAGUUUUGCGACUUGACCAAGUAAAGAGUUAUUUUAGCUGCCAUGUACAGAAAAAAAAAAUCCCUGUGAUGUUUAAGGGGAAGCGUCAAUGUGCUAUUAGCGGAGAUGAGUUCAAUCUUGUGAUAAAACUUUGUUAGAAAAUGUUUUUGUGAUCCACAUGCGCGCAGUAGCUGUAGCUGCAGAAUUAAGGUUUUCUAAACCCGCUUUUGUCACAUUUUGCCACCGUUUCUAUGAAGCUAGCUGAACAUGAAAUAAAAACUAAUUCUGAACUUGUGCAUUCCUGUGGCAUAGACAAGGGCAACUUACCUUUUAGCAGUGCUUUGUGAGGCUCUGUGAUCAUGUUGAAUAUAUUUAAAAAUAAAAUCAUCCAAGGGGCGCAGUGUGGUACGGUCACCUGUAGAGCAAAUCUUUUGAACUCUGUGUGAUUUUAAUAUAGUUGUAAACUGCCCUUUGCCAGCCUUCAUUCAAACAGUGUGUUAGUUAGCAACCGAUGUUUACAGUUUAUGGAGCCAAGCAUCAGCAACAAUCAACAUCAAAUCCAUCAUCAGAGCAAUUAUCCAAUCAAACCAAAGAAUAAUGCUGGUAGUAGUAGAUUUUAGACAAAGAGGUUUCAUUUGAUCUUCUAUUAAUUUACUGCAUAUCUUUUUUUGAAAUUCUCAGGUAUUCCUACUUUAAGUUUUAAUAGACGUUUAAACCAUAACGAGCCUUCUCUGCUACAAAUUGAACAAUUCCGUCGAAGCAAGCCUUCUCUAACUUUCAAUUACGAAUGACAUAUCUCUUGUUUGGCCCAAGAAUAUUCCAGAAAGCUACAAUUACUGCCCAGUCGACCCACGUAGAAGACUUCCCCAGCAACCGAACCAUAGCAAACAUCAUCGUCAUGUGUGCAGACUAUACCGGUGAGCCAAACUGGUGCGCUCUGAAAUCAGAUCACCCCAUCUCCAUCGAACAUCACCAUUCAUCCACCUUGUAAAUGCCAACUGAUUGCGCUCUAAAUGGCUUAUAGACCACUGCCCAAACAAACUGCCCAAGUCAUGCGUAAUCAAUAUUUAGUCGUCCAUUUGUGCCGCUCAUACAGACGUUGAUACGAUUAAGAAACUGCCUGAAAAAUAUUCCAUUUGGGGGAAAAAAUACUCCUUUGAUGUGACUUGAAUGUAACUGUCUGAUGUUUCUCUCUCCUUGCAUCUGUCUUCUCUGUUCUGUAUGUGUUGAGAAGAUGCUUACUCUCGUGCAGUAUUUUUUUAUUUUUUCUUUCUCGUCUGUAACCGGGUCCUGUUUCUGUCCUCUGGUGGUUCGUACUUUGAAGAAAAAAAAAAAAAACUAAGACAAAAAACAUGUUAAUUUGGUGCUUUUUUUUUUUUGUACUGCGAAAAUCUUCUCACCCUUCUCCCUCCUUCUCUCUCUCUCUCUCUAUCUCCCUAUUCGUUGACAAAAUGUAUGCAUGCUUAUGGUGUGCGAUGUAGGCAAGGUUGUUGAUAAAAAUCGUUCUGUGUCUUCUCUGUGUUU